UUAAGGAAUGCCCAGAAAUGAGUGUUUUACCCCGCGUGCACGGAGCAGAGGGCACGCGGUGCAGCAGUGACAGCUGGGGGGUGGCACGCCCCCUCAACGUUAAGGGGCGACACGGGCAUGGCGGUGAGACGGUGACACAUUCAGAACACACUGUGAGCUUUGAGUUCCAUCGACAGACGUCGUCCUGACGGAGCUGGGCAAAACAUUUGAGACUGACAUUGCGCGACGCGCUUCACAUAUCAACCACACCCCUUCUCUCCAAUGCCAGACCCCUGUAUGUAUUUUUAGCAGUGAUGUUCACUGUCAACUAAUCUAACGGAAAGAACAGAAAAGAACACGCUCCAGCAAAGAAGAAGACAACUGGCGUUAAGGCCGUUGAACGUUUAGUCCACGGAAAGCAUCAAGUGAAAUGAAUAUUGAAAAUAAUCUACUGCUUUGCGCGUUGGUGAUCUUUACCAGUUCAUCGGAGAUAAAGGGUCAGAGCAUUUCUUUGCCCCAUGUUGUCACCCCAGGCGCCCUCCAGCAUGAGGGCGUGUCCACUGCAUCCCCAGUCCUCCCAUUGGUCAAUGAAGAUGAGGAGGAGCCAGAGCCAAGUCCUGCCAAACAGACCUCUCCAGACCAAGCGAAUGGAGCCCCAACCAAAUCAGCUUUCAUUGACGGCGACAGGCUGCUUCAAUCAGAGUCUGUUACAGAUGCUGGGGACUGGGAUGACAUGGCUGUGACCAAUCAGAUGACCACGUCUCUGCCUGCACCUGCAUACACAGUCAACACCGUUACCGCCACCCAAGACAAUGCCACUCUCGCAGACAGUUCCUCCUCCUCGUCCCCUGUAAAGAGCACCUCCCCUGCAGGACUGCCCUCCACCCUAGGGGACACAACCUACCCUGUCCCUGCUGGAGGCCACCUCACCACCUCUACUCCUCCUGUUUUAGAUACCACCCCACCUCCAUCCCAUGUUUUAACACCAAUCCAGUCCUCUGUCCAACCCAGCACCCCAGCACUGACCCCUGCCCCAACCCAAACCCUCACCACGGAGCACCGCAAGACCUCCGCCCCAGUACAUGUCCCUGCCGGCCCGCCUCACCAGGAGGUUCCAUCAGAGCUCACCGUUGGAGAUGAGGACAAAGGGCCACACAUCCACUCUUCUCUGGAUCCUUUGCUGGCUAGCCUGGUCUCUAUAUUUAUCAUCACCACAGCCAUAGUCUCUGUUGUCCUCUUCCUCAAAUUCCGCCAACAGACCGACCACCCUGACUUCCACCGGCUGCAGGAUCUGCCCAUGUCUUGUCUUCCUGUCCAGGAUGACUUGAUGGAAGGCACACCACUUUCCAGAUACACUUACACCUACUGAUGACAGAAACCUCUCAUCAUCAACAGUCAACUUUACUUCUAGCCCAGCUACACAGCACACCCAAUCGGCCACCGUUUAGGAUCCUGGCAAAGCUUUUGACUGGACUGGAGGCCCUCGGCCAGCGCCCAUGUUGUCUCACUAUGAUUCCCCCUGCUGAGCAGUUUCCAAUUUGAUUGUAUUAUGUUAACAAUUAGAAGGCAUUCAAUACCCAAUCAGGGGUUGCAGUAUUAGGACAUCAGAGGCUCCAUUUCGACAUUUGGCCAACACCAUCAUUAUUCCCUUUGAAGCUUUCAGACGUUUCAUCUGCACAGAGGUCUGUUUUGUUCUUUGUAAUGUACCCCCCCCCCCCCUCCCCUCCUUAUACAGGUCAUACACAGCACAGACCACUUUAUUGUGUAUUAGAAACAGUCACAGUGCCCUCUAGGGGAUAUCAGUGGAAGUGGAGUUCCCAAAUGAAUUGGUAAUGUAUAAAGAAAAUACAAUGCCACAUUUGAUGUUGUUGCCAAGGACCAUGAUAGAGGGAAAAUAGACAGGGAGUGAAAGAUGCUUACUGUAGAGGGACCUUAGGUGAUUUAAAUGUUCACCAGUCUCCAUGUUAUGGGACUAUUCUAAUCCAUGAACUGGCAAAACAUUUUUUUUAAUGUAUCUAGGCAAGUCAGUUAAGAACAAAUUCUUAUUUACAAUGACAGCCUAGGGUUAACUGCCUUGUUCAGGGGCAGAACGACAGAUUUUUACCUUGUCAGAAAAGGAAUUAGCUCCAGCAACCUUUCGGUUACUGGCCCAACACUCUAACCACUAGGCUACCUGCCGCCCCAUGAGUGAAGUAUUCUUUCAAACCAGAAUGCCUAGUGGGUUGUCUUAACAAGGGAUUGAGUUUCUUGAAAAACACCCAUCCUUGGUCUUACUUGCAUGAGAGCCGGUAAAGAUUCUGUAAUUGUAACCCCAAAAAGGCAGGGUAGUCUAGUGGUUAGAGCGUUGGACUAGUAACCGAAAGGUUGCAAGAUUGAGGUAAAAAUCUGUCGGUCUACCCCUGAUCAAGGCAGUUAACCCACUGUUCCAAGGCCAUCAUUGAAAAUAAGAAUUUGUUCUUAACUGACUUGCCUAGUUAAAUAAAGGUAAAAUAAAAAAACAUUUAACCAAUGUACAGAAAGAAGUAAAUUUUUUAGGGGGUAGUGACAGAAAGGGGGUCCCCUCCAAUAAGGGUGACUUGAUUAAAAAUCCUAUCUAGGCCUCCUGGGUGGGGCAGCGGUUUAAUGCACUGCAUCACAGUGCUAGAGGCAUCACUACAGACCUGAGUUCGAUCCCAGGCUGGAUCUCAACCAGCUGUAAUCAGGAGUCCCAUAGGGCAGUGCACAAUUGGCCCACCGUUGUCUGGGUUGGGGGAGGGUUUGGCCAGGGGGGGCUUUACUUGGCUCCUUGUAGCAGGCUGGUCGCCUGCCGGUAGACUUCGUCAUCAGUUGAAUGGUGUUUCGUCUGACGUUGGUGUGGCUGGCUUUUGAGUAAAGCAGGCGGGUGUUAAGAAGCGCGGUUUGGCAGGUCAUGUUUCGGAGGACGCAUGACUCAACCUUCUCCCGAAAUUGGGGUAAAAAUAUCUAAAGAUAAAACAUAUCUACAAGGUUUGAUCCAAUUUCAAGACUUUACUUUGAGGUGAAAUGUUGGGUUCACCAACAGUGGUCACACAAUGGUGCUUUCAUGUGAAAGUGAUUGGUUAAGGAACUUUGUGAAACAUAAAUUAUGAAAAAUGUUAGUAUUAUCAAAAUGUGAAUGCAAAAUGUACACUUACAUAUUUAUUGACUAUUCAGUUGAUAGUUAUGUCUCACAAAAUGAUCCUUUAGAUUUGUAAAUUGGAAAUACUAAAAUGCAGAAACAGAGCAAUGUAUGUCUAAGAACUAUGAGGUUUUAAAUGACAUCUAGAUUGAAAAUGACAUGUUUUGUCUUGCACUGCAACAAAUCAUAUUUUCACUGUUUAAGUGUUUCACUUGUGAUUUACCUGUAAGUGCCUAAAGUGAUAUAGGAUUAUAUACAGUUGCAGAGUUAACUGUAAGAAAUAUGUUUUAAGGACUUGUUCCAUUGUUUGAUAAUAAAACUGAAACCCUUUUA